AUGCCAAAAGGAUGGUUUGGAGUUAACAAGAUCACAGGGGAGUUUCAGAGUGCCACUGCUUGGGAGAAUCCUGAGAACCCUGCCCCCGGGCCUUUCACUCUGAGUCUGGACCCUGAUAGAUCCAAGCAAUUUGUAUUACUGUGGAAUAAUUCUGAAAUUUACUGGCGCAGUGGUAUUUGGAAUGGCCGGUACUUCCCCGCACUACCUGCUACUAACGAAAACACUCCCUUCAACCUCACCUUCAUCGACAACGAGCAGCGGAUGUAUGUCACGUAUACCAUCUUCGACAGUUCAUUCAUCACUCAUACUAUGAUUGGUCCAACUGGGCUAUUAACACAACGGUAUUGGCUGGACAGCACCCAGGAGUGGCAGUCAAUCUCUUCUCAACCCGUGCCUCAAUGUGAUGUCUACUCGUUUUGUGGCACUUUUGGUAUCUGCGACCAGACAAGCUCGGAUAAUAUUUGCAACUGCACCCCUGGUUUCGAACCAGCUUCAAUGAAAGAAUGGGAGCUCAACGUUUGGAGCUCAGGGUGUGUGCGGAAAACCAGUUUGCGAUGCAGUAGUAAAAGCUCAGCCGGUGGAGAAGGGGAUAGAUUCCUUGAGAUGCCCAAUAUGAGAUUGCCUGCCAAUCCACAGAACUUGACUGUUAGGAGUGCUAAAAACUGUGAACAAGCUUGCUCGAACGAUUGCUCUUGUAACGCGUAUGCUUAUGUGAGUGGAUGCUCAAUUUGGACUGCGGACCUUCGGAACCUUGUUCAACCCUAUGAUGAUGAUAGUGAAUCUGGUACUCUUUAUCUUCGGCUCGCUGCUUCUGAUUUCCCAGGUUCAGGUAGCUCGCAUAAGUUGGUAAUUGAUCUAACUCUUGGUGUCAUCGGUGGAAUUCUUGGCAUCUUGUGUGUUCUUGUUGGACUAUUUUGGGCAUUUCAAAGGAGUAAACGAAUUCGGAUGGCAAAACAAGUUGAGGGUUCUUUGAUUCUGUUUCCUUACGGCGAUUUGCAGCGUGCGACCAAGAACUUCUCUGAGAUGUUGGGCAGUGGUGGCUUUGGCUCUGUUUUUAAAGGGACAUUAGUUGACUCAACCGAUGUAGCUGUGAAGAAGCUUGAAGGCUUGAGACAAG